CAUGACCAAAACAAAUAUUGAUUCAAUUAUUGUUCCCAGAGCAAGAGAUGGAAAGUGGAGUGAGAAGAGAGUAUGCACAAAUGCUAGAAUGGCGAUGGGGAACCUCUGGAGAGGACAUGGCGUGUGGUCCAGUGGUCUGGACUGGCCUAAAAUAGUGGGUGGGUCAGCUAACGACGCGCCCCCCCCCCCGGGUCCUUCUGUAACCUGCCCUUCCUAUCUGCCAUCUAAUGUCUCUUUCCUUACCUUCAGGUCACUGAAUUUUGGCGGCAUCGGGGUGGUUGUGGGCCAUGAGCUGACUCACGCCUUCGAUGAUCAAGGGCGGGAGUACGACAAAGAUGGCAAUCUUCGGCCCUGGUGGAAGAAUUCCUCGGUGGAGGCCUUCAAGCAGCAGACUGAGUGCAUGGUGGAGCAAUACAGCAACUAUACAGUCAAUGGGGAGGCGGUGAAUGGCCGCCACACACUAGGAGAGAACAUCGCAGACAACGGAGGCCUCAAGGCAGCCUAUCGGGUAAGAGCUUCGGAGAGGCCCAGGGGCUUCCUUGCUUUGGAUUUUUUCUUUGAAACUGGGGGAAACAACUUACUUUGCAGGGCUGUGAUGCCUUGCUGAAUGAACAUUCAUUAAACACCUAUUAUGUGCCAAGCACUGAAUUUGGCCCUAAAAUAGGUACAAAUUUGAUUUGGGGGGAAAGAGGUCGUUUGUUUUUUCACUUAAUUGUUUUCAAUGAACAAAAGUUGAUUUCCUUUCUUUCCCAUUUCCCCCACCACCAUUGAAAUAAGACACUACCACAAAAAAAGUAAAAAAAAAUUUGUAAUAAUUAUACAUCAUCAAGCAAAAUCUAAAUUCUCACAUUGUCCAUGCCCCAAAACUCUAAGUCUCAUUCUGCAUCACGAAUCUGUCACCUCUGUGCCAAGAGGUAGAUGACAUUCUUCAUCGGUUGUCUUCUAGAAUUAUGGUUGGUCAUCCCAUGGAGCAGAGUUCCUUGUCUUUCACAGUUGAUUACCUUUACACUGUUGCUCUUACUAUAUAAAUUAUUUUCCUGGUUCUUCCCACUUCACCUUAAAUCAGUUCAUCCAGGUCUUCUGAAACCAUUCCCUUCAU